ACGAAUCUGGCAACACAGAGCUCGCGCUCCCACAGAGCUGCGCGAGCUUGUGGGAAUUUAAACAGUAACGAAAUUAACCGUCACUUUAAAUUAAAUACUGGAAGAUUUAAGAGUAUAAGACUGGCUCUGUUCAAAACAGGGCGGUUCUCUUAAAAUGUUACGUUUGCUAGUGUACACACAGUGAUCCAAAGCUGGAGAAGCACUGAAAACCAACAUUUUGAGCGUUAUUGUUAGAUGCCUCAUAAGGAGACAGAGGCCAUGGACGUCCAGCAGCACAGCGGAAAGGAUCGAACCCACAGGAACCAUCUCAUCCAGCCCGAGAGCAGAGUGGCGGAACAAGACAUCACACAACAGCCAGAUCCUCUUUCAGCAAAGCUGCCACGUGCCAAUGGAAUAGGUUACGGGGGAAGCAAUGACUCUUUAACAGACAUCGUAAUCACGAAUGAGAAUGCUUUGCUGCUUCCCAACCAUGUGCCAGUGAUCGUGCACAAACUUGACAAAGAGACUCCCAGCCCUCUCAAUGGGCUCUCUUCUACAGACACUGUGCCUAAUGGAUCUCCACCUGUCUGCACACCACCCACUGCCUCCACAGGUCAAAGGGCACCUGAUUCUGCACACAUACCCAAGGCCAACAGGCAUAACAAACCCCACAAAAAGCGUCCUCCCUCCACCCAUAAAAGCCACCAGAGUUUGAAAACAAGUGCCAGUCAGAUCCAGGAAGUCGCUGGUGAUGACUGCUGUGCUCACUGUGUCCUGGCCUGUCUGUUCUGUGAGCUGGUGCCCAUGUGCUCAGCCCUGGCUCAGUGUUUGGCCUGUGGAAUGGAAUGUGACGCUCUGUGCUGUUGUGGCGAGGCGUGCGGAGACCUGGCAUUUUGCUCCGGGGACCCCUGCACCGCCGUGCUGGACUGUGCCAUCCUGGAGGACUGCUGCCAAUCCUCCGACUGCCUGGAGAUCUGUCUAGAGUGCUGCUCUAUCUGCUUCCCUACUUAGACAGCAAAUAUCCAACGGCGAGGAUAUUAGCACACUUACAGAGACGAUCUGGAAUGUAGCAUCACACCAGUGUGUUGCAAAAAGGUUUGUUGUUAUGGAGGUUGCAUGCCUUAUUUAUUCCGUAGGCUAGUGAGAGGACUGAGAUCAAGGUGUGAUUGCAGUGUGAGAACUGAAUCACCGAAUUGAAAUCACACACACAAAGCAAAGAUGAUGAUGAUGAUGAUGAUGGUCAUUACGUGAAGUACAAGAGGUAUUAGAAUAUGUGAAGCGAUAGGCCUUACUGUAUUUAAGGAAUUAAUCUUCAUAUGCAUGGCCACUUCUGGAUAGAUAGUCUUUGAUGCUCAUAGCUUCAAACUGUACCUUUUUUUUUCUUUCUAUUUUUCCUUUUUUUUUUUUUUUUUUUUUAAACAAAUGUUGGGUAGUUCAGCUUUUUGUAGAGCACAUUUGCACUUGUAUUUGUCCACAACAGGGCACAAUGCAUUCUGGAGCUGAUUCAGCAGAAUCUUCUUUGGAGCAAUAUUUUUUUAUUCGAGGUGUAAGAUCAUGGUCAAAGAUAAGUAAUUCAAAUGGGUUUAGGAUUGAGCCACACUCCAAAGUAGACAAUAUCUCAACAAAGACUAAUUGUUCUUUGUUUUAUGAUCAGAGAUCUGAGGAUGAUUCGUAUGAACUGUUUCUUUUUUUGUAACGAUAUCGGCACUCUAAGUAAUCUGUCAGAGCACUGCAUUAGCUCGUGAUUAACUUAUGAUUUAAUGUGACUGUAUUUUUGUGUUUCGCAUCAGAAGUAAAGAGGCUUUUGUUUUCAUAA